AAAAAACCAGCUUCCCACGGCUUCUGGCUGGCUCUUACUCCAGACGCAACGUCGCCGCCGCAGACUACCGCUGGCGCGUCCGCCCUCAGUCCACUUCCGCCGCCGAGGUACUGCUCCCCUCUCUAUUGAGCUUGUAGAGAGCAGUGGAGUGGAGAUCAGUUCGUACGUGGAUUGAUUCUUCGUUCGUUGUUAGCCGUGGAUUUUUUUCGCUGCGUAGUGCCAACCUACUGAUCCAAUCCAUCAAUCUACAUCUCGAAUAGGUUCGUCCUCUUCAUCGCGCGAGAUCGAUUGGUCCAAUUUUGUUUUUUGAAUUGAAGUCAGCUCAAGGAAUCAAAAGAAGGAACGAGGCGUCAUGGAGGAAGGGGGCGUGCGGGUGGACCUCGACAAGCUCCCCAUCAAGCGCCUCGAGGCCAUCGACGAGGCCGGCAACGAGCACUACCCACCGGACACCAGCAGCGAGGAGCAGCGUCUCACGGCCAUCCGCCGUAUCGACUUCUCUUGGGUCAUCGAGAAGGACGCCAAGAAGGCCAAGAAUGUGGCUGAGGCCGACACCACCCAGCAGGCAUGGCCGUGGCAGGGCCUCAUGGAGAGCCUGCAGCAGGCACAGCAGGAGCUCACUGUCGUCAUCGAUCUCAUUGGCACGGUUGAGGCCAAUGACGCCGUGGCGGUCGCCUCGACAACGAAACCCAAGUCGCAGCCAAACGAAACACUAGUUGACAUGGCGGUCUCCGCUGCAACCAAACUCCAGCGACUUCGGCAUUUGUCACGGUACUUCAAACAAUCCGCCAAGACGAUGGAGCAACAGUUUCAAAAGGAGACUAGGUUCUACAGCUCAUUAAUCAGAUUGCAGCAGAACUGGAAAGUGAAGCGGCAACGGGUUGUUGGGAGUGGCCCAGGAAGUGAGGGCUUCAUUUUUGAUCUGGCUGAUUGUUCUCAGUUAGACACAACAACAGUGCCUCGAUUAUCACCAUCGGCUUUAGUUCCAAUUGAUCAAGAAUCUUCAGGCACUUUGUCUGUACAAAUUCAGCAAAAGUCUUUCCGUUCCUUGAGCCUUCAAUUUCGUGGAGGCAGUGACAAUAAUGCUGAAGGUAAUGCCAGCAGAAAGAAAGGAGGCACUUUAAGCAGCACUUCUUCUGAAGCGGAAAAGGAUACUCUGGAGAAUGAUGAUGUCAAUAAGUCUAUCAAACAUGCACAUUCCAUCCUCCGCAACAUCCAAAAAUCAAUAUUUGAGGAGCAGGUAUUUGAUAUGGUGAUCAAGGAGACGUUUAUCCAAUCGCAAGGCAUCCAUGUUACUGGAAUGUGCGAAGAUUUUCUCCAAUUAGCCAUUGGCCAUGAGUGUUCGUUGUGUCUUUUGCUUGUGCACUCUGGACAGAAUAGUGACUCAGAAACGGCAGGCCUGGAAGAAUAUAUGGAUUCAGAGAAUGCUGGAAACCUUGUGGUAGCCAUUGUCAAUGGGAAGCAUGAGUCUAUUAAUAAAGAUGUGUCGGGGUUUCCUAACCCCAAAAGUUUGGAAAUUUACUUGCUACAUAUGUUCCAUGAGAACAUUCUUAGGAAAACCAGGGAGAAAUCUCGUAAUGUUGUUCGAUACCAGAUUCCUGCUCAGGCCGCACCUGAUAAUUGUGGCCUGCUAGGUCAUUUCUGCAUGACAGUGGCUCAUAGGAUAUUUUCUAAUAAAGUACAUUUGGAGCUGGAGAGUGUGGUUAGUAGGGUUCCUUAUCUCCAUCUGCGUUCUCUUCCUACAUGGCAUUCUCGAACUUCUUCCUGGUCUCUCUGCUUGAUAGUUCCUCAGCCUAUUCUGGCUGCUGGUCGGGUCACGAAGCCUUCAGACAAUCACGAGCCUAAAUACAGAUCCAGGUUGCAGUUUAAUACAAAGGUGAUCCUGAAAGAUGGCCAAAUUAGUUUGAUGGGUGAAGGUUUUCCAAGCAUUGCUGGAUCAUUGACUGGGAAACCCUCUAACGGAGAUUUGAUAAAUAGUUACAAUUGCGACUUGGAAGACCUCCCAAUGAUGCUUCUGCAGCAGGUUGCCAGUCAAGUCAUCCACUGGCUUCAUGAAGAAGCGAUGGUUCUCGGGAUGAAUGUGACUAGAGAUUUCCUGUGCCUUUACUUUGAUCUCGACCAAGGUGAAACCCUUGGCCUAGUGGCACACGUCGACCCGAAUGACGCGUAUGGGCUUAUUUUGUGGUACCUAACCGUUGAUCACCCAAUGGAGGAGGGGAAGAUGUCAGCAGAUAACCCAGAGUUAGAGAAGCGUAGGUUUUUGGGGUACCUGUCCUUGGAAGUGUUGUACUCUACCCUGAUGGACCUGAUAAACAUGUGCAGCACUGGUGUUCACCAAUAGACUGCACCAGGUCCUUGUAGUAUAUAACUUGUUGCUUGGGGCGAUCAGAUUGCACCCCCUGUUCUCCUUGGGUGGAUGGAUUUAUGUGUUCGUGUUGUCUCCGAGAGCAUGUCCAGGCAUUUUGCCCACCUGCGGCGUUUGUUGACUGAUAAUGUGCUGCUAUCCCUUUUUGCUAUCAGUCAAUUGGAAAAUUAUAGGUGAAAGAAAGGAGCUGUUGGCGAUGUG